AUGCGGAGCCAUCACGUUGGAACACAGAACCGUUCUCUGGAAGAGGCUGCUGCGGACGCACAGAUUCUGGGCCGUCUUGCCCAGCGCUUGGACGAAUUGGAACCCAAAAAUGUGGACCUGUACGACAGACUAGAUGAGCAAGGGGAGGAGAUCGUGCACCGCCGCAGGGGGAUCGUUGGGGCACUGACGCAUAAAAUUGGUGUUGCCGGGGAUUAA